AUGCCUCCCUCUCUACGUUUUACCGGCGAUGGCGGCGGGAUCGAUUCCAUCGCGCCCUUUCUAGCCCAACUUCACCAAACCAAGAAUCAAAAGCCAUCGCCCCGCCUCGGGCCUUGGCUCGACCGAGACGAUGACGGCGUGCCCUCGUUUCCCGGGCGGAAGAUGGGCGGCGUCGGUAGCUCCCGAGCAGCCAUCAGCAUCUAUAGCUAUGCGUCUACAUCUACAGCACCCACGGCGCUGUCCUCCGUGUGGGACCACGACACCGGUAGCGUCGCGACCGGCAGGGCCUCGCAGCCGCCCUCGCAGCCGCACUCGCAGCCAUCCCACCGACACCAGCACGGCCACAACCCAUCAUCCUCCUCCUCCUCCUCCUCCCGCAACCAGGGCAGCAGCGCCGCCUCGACCAGCUCCGAAGCCCCGGAGCGGCACGAGUUCCUGACCGACCAGGCCCUUCGCGUCAUCCGCGAGCAGGCCGAGCCGCCGUCCACCUUUCGCAACCCGCCCCCGCGGAUGCCCUGCGAGUUUUCCCGGUAUACGGGCUGCGACCUGACGUUCUGUCCCGAUACGCAGGUGGAGCAGCUCAUCGACCACGAGCUCAGGGUGCACCUCAACUACAACCCGCCCGCCACAUGCCUGUGCUGGUUUUGCGACGACUUCAAGUUCGAGAGCGACGUCAUGACGGAGGGCGAUCGCCGCCACAACUUUGGCAAUCGCAUGAUGCACAUUGCCCAGCACUUCCAGGACGCGGAGCGGGGCACCAUACGCCCCGACUUUUUCUUCCUCGACCACCUGCGGUUGCACGGGUUGAUCUCCAUGGCCGUGUUCGAGAGGGAAAAGAAUAUCCACGAAACAGACCAGGUCGAGGGCCUGAAGCCACUGCAGCAUAAGACGCAGAGAAUGGCUAGGGAGGAAGAACAGCGGUCCAUGGUGAUCGUGCAGGACAGCCGCCGUGAAGAGAGAGAGCGGAGAAGGAGACAGGACGAGCGCCGGCGGCCAAGGGAUAAGUAG